GCUGCUGCCGCCGCUGCUGCUGCCCUCACCAACGCGACCAACAACGACCAGCACGACCCUGGCCACGGUGCGCGCCUGCCUGGGAGAACGCAGCACUUUUUUUUUUUUCCUCGCCCAUGCACGUCGCACCAUGUUGUCUCAUAUAUGAGGAAGACACUUUGGGACGUGAGCGAGCGUGUGCGCAGAGAGAAGCGCACGGGAAGACGCAGCGCCGUGUGUCCUCUCCCCGACACCACCGAGCAGGACUCCUCCCCAGCCCGGCCACCGUGACACCUCCGUUUCAAUCUCCCCGGGAUGAUGACAGUGUUUCUCACGCCGGACACGAACGAGCAGAUGUAACAUUCAUCCUCCAGACUGCUGCUGGCUUUGACUGUAUGGCUUUAAAAAGUUGCCUGGAAAACAUGGACAUCUGACGUGCGCAACCCACAGCGUCAUUGGACACAUCGAGCCCCCCUCUCUUUUCUCUUCAUCGCAUCUUGGGCUGACUAAUCCCCUGCGUUUUGGAUUUGGAGUAAGAAAGAGUGUUGAGCAGUUGUCACUGGCCGUGACACAGGCUGCAUCCAGAGACUGCGUGCAGACGGGAACUCACUCACACCGCUGAUCACACUGCCUGUUGUGCUGCGCUUUUGCGGCUCUGCGCUUAUCUCACUGUUCGUGCAUUAGACACUGAAACAAGGACAUUUUUUUUCCCACCCUACCACGGAUUUUUCCAAAGCUGCAGAAAAAACAAAAAUCCUAUUAUUCACAAGGACCUUCGCCCUGCAUCUGAGAGAAAAAACACAGUGACGCCUUCUUUUUUUUGCCACUUCACAUCACCUUCAACCCAAACAAGUGUCAUCUCAAGUGUCCCCCCCACCCCACCUUAUGAAUGGUCCCCAUCCCUGCUUUCCUUUCGCAUUUGUAUUUUGAACUGCAUCAGAAACACUGGACCACAUGUGAGGGGGAUUCACCACCUUGUCCCGGUUCAAGCGCCCGCAACAACUCGACCGACUGACGCGGACACUGAAGGAGGAAUACGUGUUGAAGUUUGGGCUGUAGUGAUGCUGCAAGUGGAAAUGGUCAUCUUCGUGUGCCUGGUGCUGUUGAUGUGUGUGUUUAGCCAGGAGCCCGGGUCCAAAGUGGUGGCCGACCGCUACGCCGUCUUCUGGAACCGGACCAACGCCAAGUUCCAUCGUGGGGACUACCACAUUGACGUGUGCAUAAACGACUACCUGGAUGUCUACUGUCCUCAUUAUGAGAACUCGGUGCCUGAGGAGCGCACGGAGCGCUACGUCCUCUACAUGGUCAACUACGAUGGCUACAGCACGUGUGACCACACCGCCAAGGGCUUCAAGCGCUGGGAGUGCAACAGGCCGCACUCCCCGAACGGGCCGCUCAAGUUUUCAGAGAAGUUCCAGCUCUUCACGCCCUUUUCCUUGGGUUUUGAGUUCAGACCGGGCAGAGAGUACUACUACAUCUCCUCCACCAUUGCUGAGAAUGGGAGGAAAACCUGCCUGAAGCUCAAAGUUUUUGUGCGACCACCAAACAGCUGUACGAAAACUAUUGGCGUACAUGACCGCGUUUUUGAUGUAAACGACAAAGUAGACAAUACGUUAGAACCACGAGACGAUACCAGCCAUGAAACGGCUGCACCUUCCCGGAGCAAAACGAACGCUGCGCCACACCUGAAGAAAACAAGUCCACUUCUAGCUUCAUUGGUGGUCAGCCUAGCGGCACUCUUCACUUUAUAGCGCCUCCCUCUGUGCAGGAGGUCAUUUACACCUAGCGUGGCCUGAAUCUGCCCUAGGCUGCAGGGUAGGGGUGGGAUAUGGGUGGAUCCAGUUUGCUUAAUUGGGCAUAAGAGCAGGCUUCUCAAGGAACCCUCUAUUUUUUUCAGAAAAAUAUUUAAGUGGUCUUUCUCCUUCUGUGAGUGAAAAAAAAACAACAAACAAACAAAAAAAAACAUUGAUGUUAGAAGCGGGAGAGACAGUUCCCCUCUUAAACCUUAAACUAAGAUGCCAAAUCCUGUUUUUUGACACUAAACGAUUCUUAUUUUCCCGUGACUUUUGACAUUGCUUUACAUCGCAUUUAUGUGAUUGCCACACUGAUGUUUACACAAACAGCUACAUAUACUGUAUAGCACACACACACACACACACAUAUAUACACACACACACACACGCACAUGCACACCAUUUAAGAGCAUCACAGCAUUUCAGACUCAUAGCAUUUAAUAGCAGUAGUAAUUUGACAAAGUUGGACGUGGUAGUGAAGAUUCUAGGACUUAGAAAAGACUGUAUAUACACAAAUAGAAAGUUGUCCCGAGACCUCUCAAGAAGCCUUUCAAUGAAAUGUUUCGAUCAGUGUGUUUAUGGUGUUAGAUAGUUUUGCAUCUCUGUUUUAAUGGAAGGUUUACAAGAAGAGCAACGGUUACAAAUAGGGCCAAAUUAUAAACCACUGCACGGAGGAAAUAUGUGCAUGGCACGCACCUUAGCCCACUGACGUUCACUGUCGUGGUUCAAAAGAUUGUUGCCAGUUUCAUUUCAGUAUAAUGUGAUUGUACGUUAUGGAUAAGCUACAUAUCAGUUCAGUAAAUGAGCAAAAGCAAAACCGAAGGAACCAGUGACAUUUUUUUCCCAAUGAAACACCUCCCAAAGAAUUUACUUCGCUCUGGAUCACAAAACGAUUGCAUUCAAACUUUCUCAGACACUUGUGUUGACUGCUGUAAAGAUGGGGGAUCAAUACCUGUGGAGAGUUGAUCACACAAUUUUCCUGCAGAGCAGCAGUUGUUUUCGCUGUUCCAGCUGAGCAUUAGUCAAUAUUAACGCUCCUAUAAACAUUUAGAUCCACAGCAUUUUUAUUUUCAAAGAAUCGCCCUCUUUAUUGAUUUUUAAAAUGAGUGCUAUAAAUGAUUCCCAGCAGAAAUUGGACAUUUUAUUUAUUUACUUUUUUCUAAAUUAUUAAGUGACUUUGUCACUUGCAUCAUAAAACGUUAUCUUAACAAUGGAGAAAUUGUAAACUUUGAUUUUAGGUCAAAUUAAAUGAGAACAAUAACUGCGGUUUGGGAAAAAAAAGCCUUUGAAAAACGCAUUUCAUUUAUCAGUGCUAUUUUUAUUCUCUCUGAUCUUUAGUCAUUUGUUAUGAUGAUAGUUUAUAGUAGACUUAAACACUUGUUAGAUUCUUCUCACUUUCACUUGACUGCAGCAGCUAGAACAGCUUUUACAGGAUUUAUGUAUAGUUCCAAUUAGUUGAUAUCACAUUGCUUACACAAAAAGAAAAAAAAAUAUCAAAGCUGAUGCAAUGUACCGCUCUGUUUACUCUAGCUAGAUUUAUGUUAGCACUUACAUUCAAAGGAAAGCUUUGUUCUGUGGUGAUAUUUAGUUUCCUCCGGCUCGCACGAAUUUAUAUAACGAGAACCAUUUUUCUAGGGAUUUGUUUCUCUUCUCUAAAAGUGAUAUGAAACGACAGGAAACCUAACUCUUCUGAACCCGACUUCUUUUAAGAGCCAGGGUAUGAAAGACGGAGUAUCAAUUGGUUUGGAAAGAAAGAUAGAAAGAAAGAAAUGGAGCAAGUAAAUGAGCACACGGGCGACGGCAUGGCCACCUUCUGCUCCUAGUGUUACUAGUUUAAGUGACUCUUUAAUGAGGUUCAAAAUGACAGGCAUGCGAACCCCAUGUUGUGGCAAAGAGAGUUAUUUCUGGUAUUAAAAAUAGAUGCUGGAAGGCUUGGGGGGUCUCGGGAUUGAGGGUGGUGGGUGUAGAUUUCCACAGUGGGGGGGGUUUAAAGCACCGAUGACCUUGCAGUUUGGGAGAAUUGGUGAGUGAAGGAGACUGAUAGAAUCCGAGGGUGAGAUGGACAUACCGUUCAUAAAGACAUGGGAGGAGACUGAAGGUGGUGUGUUUAGUGCCUAACAAAACAAAUCUGGACAACGAAAAAUCCCUGCAACACUACUGAAAAAAUCUCCAAAUCAUUGACAAAUAUUCUGUCGAGUACUAUUCAGUUUCAGAGGCAUGCACGUUUUUUUUUUUUUUUUUCUGCUUUGUUUUCAUGUUUUGCAUUUUUUUUUUCCUAAUUUAGGAUAACAGACUUUGCCUUUAGCCAUUUGUUGUUGUUGUUUUUUGUAACAAUGCUAUUACAGCAGAAUAGCAGCUGAGCUAUGAAGGGUAAUAGGCGAUGAGGCCAUUUAAUGAGGUACUAAUUUUCUGGAUAACGCCACGGGGAAUAAACACUGCGUAAGAUUCAAAAAUGGACGUUUGUCAGCAAAUUAACACUAGACGCUUAUCAGAAACUGACUUCAAUUAUACUCCAUGAUUAUCAAUGCUAUUUUUCAUUAUUGCUAUCAUUACCAUGAUUUAUUCUACACACACCUUAACCUGGGAAAUGAGGAUCAGCUUAUAUACUGGAUACUGUGUAUCCUGAGGUAGUCAACCACAAAACAUCUAGUGUUAGGUUAGUAUCUGUUUUGUACCUUUCUGGAGGACAAAAGAAAAGAAAAUGAGAAACAUCAUUGUUAAAACUGUAUAAUUAUUAUUAUUAUUGUUAUGAUGAUAAUGAUUAUGACUAUUAUUAUUAGGAAGACUUGAUGUAAAUAGUGUUUGAUAUUAAAGUAUUAAUUUGGUUCUUAUGUCUUUUCUAGAAAAAAAAAAUACCGUAUUAUCUCUGAGUUUUGCGGAGUGUGUACUGUUCUCAAACAAUGCAUUGUGUGCUUUGAUUCCCAAUGCCUAAAUAGACUUAAUGAAUUAAUAUGAAGGCGGAACCUUGUGGGAGCUGUGCACAUACAUCGGUGUACAGAAGGCUGGACUUUAGCCAACGUGGGGCUCACCUUUUACAUGUUUCAAACCAGUCACCCAACCUUUCGCCGCCUCUUCAUGUACGGAUCCUGCCUUGGAAAAACGCACUUGGGACUUGAAUGAUUUGUACUUUACUGCCUUCAGGGUUUUCAGAGCAUGUUGGUCAACUAAAAGAUCAGCUAUGAGUGGACUGUUGGCUGUUUUUUUUUUGUUUUUUUUAAAUGGAAGGAUCUCACCGAUUUCAUUAUGUGGCAUGCGCAUGAACUUAAUGACAAUUUAAACAGAAAUGGAAAAAAAAAAAAAGAAAAAAAGAAGUUUUAGUGGGUUUUUUUGUUUGUUUUUGUUUGUUUGUUUCUCUUUCAGAUGUAUUAGAUUUUCUGAUCAUUUUCAUGUUGUGUGUUUUUUUGCAUUACCAUUUGAGUGAUGUCAAACUGUAGUUACAGGUGACAAGUGUACAUAACACAAGCCAUUGUUGUAAUGAGGGGGCGGGUUGGGUGUCAGUCAUUUUGUAGUUCAAAAGCAACUUUUACUUUUCUUUUUCUAAGGAUGGCUGUCUCUGUAGGUUCUGUGGUUUUCAUCCCCAUGUCUCCUCAGCCUAUUCAUUCUCUUUGGGCGCUCCCAUUAGGAGUACUUCAAGAGUAGAUACAUCAAUGUGGACAUUUCUCAGUGUGAAAAAAAAAUAAUGUGUGAGACCUAUAGGUUUGAGUGUGUGUGCGUGCCUCAUUUGCUGUUGCUGCAGUGAAUGGGAAGCGGCAACCCUCUUUGGCAGCAAAGAGUGUUUCCCAUGCCUUAGCCCUUCAGCCUCUGCCCUGGAAGCCCCGUCUGUGUUCAAGACGCUCUCUGCCAUUGUGCUUUUACACGGAACAGCUGCUGGCUUCGAAGAUACUGCAACAGGGCCCUUCACUUUCUCUCCCUUACAACAACCCCAAAUCGCCUGUCACUAAGGUAGACUGUGGUCCCGGGCGCAUUUUCAAAGGAUUAGUGCACACCCCUCCACAAAAUCGUGAACCGGAUUGUUAACGGGAUAAAAAAGCCUACCAUCGAUCCAGGUUCUGUGCACAUGGGUAAAUCUUCUCAGCUCUCUUUUUUUACUGAAGAACCACUUGUUAAUUUCAUGUCCUGCCUCCUCCUCCUUGUGCUUGUAUAACCCCCACCACACCAACUGCUGUCCCUCCUCCAUGACCUUAGAACCCCAGUCCUACUUUGACAUCAGUGGGAAAUGUUUCCAAUCUGCUCUUUUACAGUAUAUAACCAACAAAAAAAGCUGACAAAAAAAUUAUCUGUAUUUGUAUAUACACGUGUCUGAGCAACUAUGGGUACUACAAUAAAACAGAAAUACAUUGCUUUGAC